AAAGAAUAGCCACCUAUCUUCAUUUCGACUAGCAGCACUUUGAAAUUACAUGGCCCAGAAGGAGCUGUUUGACAGGCAAGUUACCAAAAGAGGAGGUGGACAAGUAAGCAGAGGAGAUCAAGACCAAACUGCAGAAAUUGAGCAAACUAAGAGACUCAAAAUAUUCAGGGAAGUAGCAGCAACAGAAGAGGCAAUAAGGUCAUCUCGGUAUCAAAAUAUUAAUGACAAACCAAAGAUCCAAAGGGUUCCCGUCAUGUUCCGAGAUCACUCAAAUUUCAGAGGAUACUUCGAGCCAACGGUAAUUGCCAUCGGUCCUAUCCACCAUGGUAAACUAAGGUACGAGUGGGGAGAGGAACUCAAGCUUCAAUUAGCGGUAAAUUUUGUCAGAGACAGUGAGCAGAAUGAAGUACGUUUACUCAAGAAGGUUGACGAGUACAUCAAGGAACUAAGGGAGUGCUAUGACAAGGAAGCAAUAAAGAACUAUGACAACGAUUCCCUCGCAUUGAUGUUGUUCGUUGAUGGGUGUUCGACGCUGGAAUUCAUAUACAAAUAUGAUGACUUGGAAUCUUUUCAGAUCAAGAAAGACCGGGUGGUCUUUGCAGAACGGGACAUGUUCUUGCUAGAGAACCAACUUCCUUAUCAACUCCUCAAGCUGUUGAUGAGCUCCAGCAACAUACAUGAGGCCUUGAAGGACUCAAUCGAGAGGUUUGUUCAGAUGCACGGGGUUGCACCAGGUGCAACUAAGCAGCAUCCUCAACACGAAACAAUACCCAUGGAACCAGAGCCAACUCAUCUUCUUGAGUAUCUUCUGACAACAAUGCUAGGAUAUCCACCUAAGAGAAAAAGUGAGACAAGAGCAAGUGCCCAAUCUAUUUGCAAUGUACAAGAGCUUCAGGCAGCCGGGAUCCAUUUUAGGCAGAGAAAGGGGCCAAGCGUAUUGAGCGACAUAUAUUUUAAGAGCUAUAUAUGCUGUGGGUUCCUUUAUCUUCCCAAAAUAAAAGUAGACGACUUGAUGCGGCUUAAGUUCAUGAAUUUGAUAGCCUACGAAAUGUGUCCCGAUUUCCAGAAUGAUUUCGGGGUCGCCUCUUACAUAAGCUUCCUCAAUUCACUCAUCGAUCAUCAGGAUGAUGUGAAGCAUCUGAGGAAAAAGCACAUACUUCGAAACUUACUUGGGAGUGACGAGGAGGUGGUUCGACUCUUCAAUGAGAUGGACACUAUCGUGGUGCCUAACAAUCAAUUUUCCGACAAGGUUAAAAGCAUGAUAGAAGCUCACUGCAACGCCACGUGGAAGAUAUGGAUAGCUCAAUUCUUUCACGACCAUUUCAGCAAGCCCUGGGUUUUGGGUUCCAUUGGUAUUCUCUCAGGGCUUGGGAUGAUCGCUGUUCAGACGUGGUACACCGUCAAUUCUGAUAACCCUUCAUCUCCAUGUAAGGCCUUACUUGAGUACCUGAAAGCGCGCGGGUACUAAAAGGACUACGUACUUUAGCUAAAAGCAUAGUCUGGCAGCAUAUGAUGUGCCUUUUUCAGGUACUAAAAAGACAUUUGCUGCUUUGCAAUUUGUGUGCUGCAUGGUUCUAUACGUCCCCCCAAUUACGACGUCUUCUAGAGGUUUUCACAAGUCAUGGCUUCUCAAGGGUCCUCUCUCCAUUUGGUAUUUUACUGUCAGCAGAUGUUACUAAAAUAAGGCAAGUUGAAAAUUGUGCCUUUUUCUUA